AUGGCCGGCGCAAACCUACAGCUCCGUCACGCAUACUCUAUAGCUCAAUUCGUUCCAACCGUUUCUUCUUCCCCACCUCCUCAGCGAGUUCGGUUUGGAAUUUCACCCUCUCGUGUUCUCUUCUGUAAUCUCCGAGCUGAUUCCGCCGUCGCUCCAAUUCUACGAACCACUCGCCGUUCAGAAACUAUUGCCGCGUCUUCCGUAUCCUCUGCCGUCGAUGCUUCCCCUUCUUCGGAUUCGUUGGAAAAAAGUCGCGAUGACGUGGGCAGGAUCCCUUUGCUUGAAGUUAGGGAUUUGAGAGCUGUGAUUGUUGAAUCGAGGCAAGAGAUACUAAAAGGCGUCAAUUUGGUUGUCUACGAAGGAGAGGUCCACGCAGUGAUGGGGAAGAAUGGUUCAGGGAAGAGCACAUUUUCCAAGGUUCUUGUUGGUCAUCCUGAUUAUGAAGUGACCGGAGGAAGUAUUGUGUUUAAAGGGCAGAAUCUGCUUGAUAUGGAACCAGAGGAAAGAUCUCUUGCCGGUCUCUUCAUGAGUUUUCAGUCCCCGGUUGAGAUCCCUGGUGUUAGCAAUAUGGAUUUCUUGAACAUGGCUUUCAAUGCCCGGAAAAGAAAGCUCGGUGAGCCAGAGCUUGAUCCAAUACAGUUCUACAGCCACUUGGUAUCAAAACUUGAAGUUGUGAAUAUGAAGACCGAUUUUCUCAACAGAAAUGUCAAUGAAGGAUUUAGUGGUGGUGAAAGGAAACGCAACGAGAUUCUGCAGUUAGCGGUCCUUGGAGCCGAGUUGGCUAUAUUGGACGAGAUUGAUUCAGGGUUGGAUGUUGAUGCUCUUCAAGAUGUGGCAAAAGCGGUGAACGGGCUUUUGACACCAAAAAACUCUGUUUUGAUGAUAACCCACUAUCAACGCCUGUUAGACUACAUCAAACCAACUCUCAUACACAUCAUGGAGAAUGGAAGAAUCAUUAAAACCGGAGACAACUCCUUGGCCAAACUACUGGAAAAAGAAGGCUACAAAGCCAUAUCCGGCUAG